AACGGCGCCGGCCGGCGGCACAGCGGCGGCGGCGGCGGCUGCCGCGGGGAGAAGCGGCCUCGGGUCCUGCAGCGCGGUGGCCGCCGCUGGGUGGGCAGGAGGGAGGGACGGGGGGGAGGCUGGCCGGCCGGCGGCAUGGAAGCGGUGCCUCGCGAGGAGAAGCCCAACCCGCUGCGGGAUGCCAACCUCUGCUCCCGGCUCUUCUUCUGGUGGUUGAAUCCCUUAUUUAUUAUUGGCCACAAACGGAAACUUGAAGAAGAUGAUAUGUAUAAAGUGCUGCCAGAAGAUUCCUCAGAGAAGCUGGGAGAGGAGUUGCAGUGGUACUGGGAUAAAGAGGUGCAAAAAGCAAAAAAGAGAGGAAAAACACCCCAUUUAACAAAAGCGAUUAUUCUUUGUUACUGGAAAUCCUAUUUAGUUUUUGGAAUUUUCACAAUGAUUGAGGAAACCCUCAAAAUAGUUCAACCAAUAUUUUUGGGAAAAAUUAUUAAUUAUUUUGAAAACUACGAUCCCUCAGAUGAGGUAGCUUUGAAUUUUGCAUAUUGCUACGCAGCUGCUCUGUCUGUGUGCACACUUAUUCUCGCUAUAAUGCACCACUUAUACUUCUAUCACGUACAGCGGGCUGGCAUGAAGCUGAGGGUAGCUAUGUGUCAUAUGAUUUAUCGGAAGGCACUUCGUCUCAGUAACGUAGCUAUGGCAAAAACUACCACUGGCCAAAUAGUAAAUCUUCUAUCAAAUGACGUGAACAAAUUUGAUCAGGUAACAAUUUUCUUGCACUUCCUGUGGGCUGGACCAAUUCAAGCUGUAGCAGUAACAGUACUUCUCUGGAUGGAAAUAGGCCCAUCAUGUCUCGCAGGAAUGGCAGUUCUGAUUAUUCUUCUUCCUAUACAAACCUGCAUCGGGAGGCUUUUUUCUUCCCUAAGAAGCAAGACAGCUGCAUUUACAGAUGUCAGGAUUAGAACCAUGAAUGAAGUCAUAAGUGGCAUGAAGAUAAUAAAGAUGUAUGCUUGGGAAAAAUCAUUUGCGGAACUUGUGAGUGGUUUGAGAAGGAAGGAGAUUGCCAUGGUUAUGAAAAGCUCCUACCUUCGAGGACUGAACUUAGCCUCUUUCUUCGUGGCAAGCAAAAUAACGGUGUUCAUGACUUUCAUGGCAUAUGUACUACUUGGCAACAUUAUCUCUGCGAGCCGGGUGUUUGUUGCAGUGUCCCUGUACGGUGCAGUAAGACUGACAGUAACUCUGUUCUUCCCUGCGGCUGUUGAGAGAGUAUCCGAGGCAGUGGUUAGCAUACGACGAAUCAAGAACUUCCUGAUACUUGAUGAAGUCUCACACUUCAAGCCACAGCUGCAUGGUAGUAAUGAGAAUGUCAUUCUUCAUGUGCAGGAUUUGACUUGCUAUUGGGAUAAGAGUUUAGAAAGCCCAGCACUUCAGCAACUUUCAUUUACUGUUAGACGAGGGGAAUUGCUGGCUGUGAUUGGUCCUGUAGGAGCUGGAAAAUCUUCACUCUUAAGUGCUGUGCUUGGUGAGCUGCCUAAAGACAAAGGUUUGAUAAAUGUUGCUGGAAGAAUUGCUUAUGUUUCUCAGCAGCCUUGGGUGUUUUCUGGUACAGUAAGAAGUAAUAUACUGUUUGACAAGGAAUAUGAGAAAGAAAAAUACGAAAAAGUUUUAAAAGUCUGUGCUCUUAAAAAGGACUUGGAAUUACUAGCAGAUGGUGACCUGACAGUCAUAGGAGAUCGUGGAGCUACGCUGAGCGGGGGACAGAAGGCCCGUGUAAAUCUGGCCAGAGCUGUGUAUCAAGAUGCAGACAUCUAUCUUUUGGACGAUCCACUGAGUGCAGUAGAUGCUGAGGUUGGAAGACAUUUAUUUGAAAAAUGUAUUUGUCAGGCCUUACAUCAAAAGAUAUCUGUUUUGGUGACUCACCAGUUGCAAUAUCUCCGUGCCGCAACUCAGAUUCUAAUCUUAAAAGAUGGUAAAAUGGUGGGGAAAGGUACCUAUUCAGAGUUCCUGAGGUCUGGCAUCGACUUUGCUUCCCUUUUGAAAAAAGAUGAGGAGGCAGAACAGCCGUCAGUCCCAGGAACCCCCAACCUGAAGGCCUCCCGCAGCCGUACCUUUUCGGAGUCCUCUGUCUGGUCCCAGGAUUCUUCUGUCCACUCGAUGAAAGAUGGAGCAGUGGAGCAACCACCUGCUGAAAAUGCCUUGGCUGCAGUGCCAGAGGAGAGUCGCUCUGAGGGAAAAAUAAACUUUAAGGUUUACAGAAAAUAUUUCACCGCGGGAGCAAACUACUUUGUGAUUUUUAUACUUAUAGUAUUUAAUAUUUUGGCACAGGUGGCAUAUGUGCUCCAGGACUGGUGGCUUUCUUACUGGGCAAAUCAUCAAGAAAAGCUGAAUGUCACAACAAAUGGAAAUAAUGGAGCAAAUGAGACUGAACAUCUAGACCUUAAAUUUUAUUUGGGAAUUUACGCAGGUUUAACAGUGGCUACAAUACUGUUUGGCAUAAUAAGAAGUCUUCUGGUGUUUCAAGUUCUCGUUAAUUCCGGUCAGACUUUGCACAACAGAAUGUUUCAAGCCAUUCUGAAAGCUCCUGUCUUGUUUUUUGACAGAAAUCCUAUUGGAAGAAUCUUAAAUCGUUUCUCAAAAGAUAUUGGCCAUCUGGAUGACUUGCUUCCAUUGACGUUUUUGGACUUUGUGCAGACUCUCCUACAGAUUUUUGGUGUGGUAGCUGUGGCUGUGGCAGUGAUUCCUUGGAUACUCAUCCCCUUAAUUCCGCUAUUUAUUCUUUUCAUUUUUCUUCGACGAUAUUUCUUAGACACUUCAAGAGAUAUUAAACGUCUAGAAUCCACAACUCGAAGUCCAGUGUUCUCCCACUUGUCAUCAUCCCUCCAGGGACUUUGGACUAUUCGGGCUUUGAAAGCAGAGGAAAGAUUUCAAAAACUAUUUGAUGCACACCAAGACCUCCACUCAGAGGCCUGGUUUCUAUUUUUGACGACCUCGAGGUGGUUCGCUGUGCGUCUGGAUGCCAUCUGUGCCAUUUUUGUUAUAGUGGUUGCUUUUGGUUCCCUGCUUCUCGCCAAGACUUUGAAUGCGGGGCAGGUUGGUUUGGCGCUGUCUUACGCAAUCACUCUCAUGGGAACGUUCCAGUGGGGUGUUAGACAAAGUGCUGAAGUUGAAAACCUGAUGAUAUCAGUAGAAAGAGUAAUGGAAUACACAGAUCUUGAAAAAGAAGCCCCUUGGGAAACCAACAAGCACCCACCACCUGAAUGGCCAAGUCAAGGAAUGAUAGCAUUUGAAAAUGUUAACUUCACUUACAGUCUAGAUGGACCUUUGGUGUUAAGGCAUUUAUCUGUUGUAAUUAAACCAAAAGAAAAGGUUGGAAUUGUGGGAAGAACAGGAGCUGGGAAGAGCUCUCUUAUAGCAGCCCUCUUUCGGUUGGCUGAACCUGAAGGAAGAAUCUGGAUUGAUAAGUACUUGACAUCAGAGCUAGGCCUCCAUGACUUAAGGAAGAAAAUUUCAAUUAUACCUCAGGAGCCUGUUUUAUUCACUGGAACUAUGAGGAAAAACUUAGACCCUUUCAAUGAAUACACUGAUGAAGAUCUGUGGAAUGCCUUGGAAGAGGUGCAACUGAAGGAGGUUGUGGAAGAUCUGCCUAAUAAAAUGGAGACACAGCUGGCAGAAUCUGGGUCUAAUUUUAGUGUUGGUCAGAGACAGCUGGUAUGUCUUGCCAGAGCGGUUCUAAAAAAAAAUCGGAUCCUUAUCAUUGAUGAAGCAACAGCAAAUGUGGACCCAAGAACAGAUGAGUUCAUUCAAAAGACGAUCCGUGAAAAGUUUGCUCAGUGCACAGUGCUGACCAUUGCACACCGCUUGAACACCAUUAUUGACAGUGACCAGAUUAUGGUUUUAGAUGCUGGAAGACUAAAAGAAUAUGGUGAACCUUACAUUUUGCUGCAAGAAAAAGAUGGCUUGUUUUACAAAAUGGUGCAACAAGUGGGCAAGACUGAAGCAGCUUCUCUGUUUGAAACAGCAAAACGGGUUUACUUCAGUAAGAAUUAUCCAGAAGUUGUUCAGAACGGUCAGCUUGCUGCAGACUCCUCGCUGGAUCCUUCCUCAGGAUUAUGCAUAACUGAAACUGCACUGUGAUUCCUAAUAACCACGAUUGUUUUCCAUGGAAUGUAAAGCUGAGAACAUCCAAACUCUCGAUGUUUUCAAGGGUCAAAGGGAGAGGAAAGGGAGGGGGCGAUUCUUUGCACUGGACAUCCUUUCUAUUUAAUACUGAGAAGAAAAUCUUUGUUGUCCCUGUUUGUUCGAUUUCAGUGCAAUAUGUUUUCCUUUCCAGAUAUGAUUAUGUUUGUAUUGCCAAGGAAAUUAGGCAGACUCAGUUUUUAUUUGGAAGUUAGGAGGUAGAGAUCUCUUUUAUUUAAGCAGGUGCAGGACACCUAACAGGUCUAGGGUGCAUAUUUGGAAUUUGUUAAAACAAAAGAUUGGAAUGUAUCCCUUUCCUCUUUCGGAGAUGUUUUGAGAGCAAUCAAAAACAAAUUUUGUUGAGUGUCACUUUAACUCGACAGCUGUGCCUAAACAGUAGAUUUGGUAGCGGACAUCUUAGUUGUCUAACACAGCUGUCUUUCUACCUGUCAUAAGUUGUCAUGCAGGUUGAUAGAAAAAAGAAUUGAACAAGCCAAAAAUACUUUCCUUUUUUGAUAGCAAAAAGUACUAUAUACUUAUUUUUUUGAUAAUUCAAGUAGUGCUGUUCAACAUGAAUGUAAAUAUAAGUUUUAUUUUGCUGAAAUGCUGAAAAAAUCAAUCUCAAUCUUCUAUACUUUAGAAGAAAAUUACCACAUUUGCACUGAAGAAAUAUUUAAAUAAUUUAACAUACAUUCCUCUUUUUAUCCAGGUUAUCAAAGAAAAAAAGUAUUAAAAUAACUUGAGGAAAUCUUUGAAUGACAUGUCAUUAUACCUAAAUACCAUGUAGUACAAAGUUAUCUUCAACACAACACAUUGAAAUGUAUACGUUAUUUGCAUUUAUUGUGCCUUAAUAUUUGUGCCUUCAAGCCAAAGCUGUAACUGCAGGGUACACAACAAAUUCAUUAAAUACAUGUUAAAAAUAUUUAGCCUUAGUAUAUUUAAAAUUUUGCAUCAGGGGAUCUGUUGAACUCGAGCUGUUUGAAGUUACCAUCCUACUGGAAUAGGUAGGAAAGUACAACCUGUAGAUUUGAAUGCCUGUUGCUAAUAGCGAGGAGAAUGCAGUGAGAGGGAGAUUCUGUAUUUGUAAGUUAUGUCCUGAUUUAGCAAAGCACUUUAACAUAAAGGCACUAUUCCCCUACUUUAAAAUAUCAAGCAAGUGCUAUGCUGCUUCAGAUUUUUUUCAUGUUCAGUGAGAUUGCUACCCUUUGAGGUCCAGUACCAAAUAAAUCUAUUCAUCUUACUGUUUAAAGUAAGACACUAAAAAGCAACACAUCUCUUCAGGACACAGAAAAUACCGUGCUUUAAAAAAAUAUUUUGAAGAUGCUUGCAUUACCUUUGUAAGAUAAAUGUUAUUUACCCAAUGUUCACCCAGCGGUCUAAAAGUAAGGCAAACGCAAAUGUUUCUCGUUUCAAGCUGUUCUACCAGCAAAUAACUGACUGAAAUACAAAAUUACUCUCUCCUUGUCGAGAACUAAAUUGAGGCCAAAGCCUAUGCCUGAGGACUGGGGCUCAUCUAGGACUUUGUCCCGUGUAGAAGUUGGUGGCAAGGGGAAGAAUCAUCAUUAUUCUCCUGCUGCAGCAGCUUCCCUGCCGUGGGGCUCGCUGUCCUGCUGUGAGGUACCAGGAGAGGGGGGAGGUCCUCUUACUGCCUCCGCUCCCACCAGCUGGGGUGGAGGGGGAAGAAGGCAAACACUGGGUGUCUGGCUUGCUGGUAACAUCCUCCUGUACUGUUAGCAGGAAGUUACAAAAUGAAAUUUUGC